AUGUCGACAACAAGUAACACACGUCUCCCUGUGGGAAACAAAGACUUUACCAAUGCUACUGUUGUCAUUAUUGGCGCUGGCAUAUCAGGAAUGUGCAUGGCGAUUGAUUUGAUCAAACGGAAUAAAACUCACAAUUUCGUUAUCCUCGAGAGAAGUAGCAGCGUAGGUGGAACUUGGAAUGACAACAAGUAUCCCGGCUGCUGUUGUGAUGUCUGGAGCUCGCUCUAUAGCUAUUCCUUUGAACAGAAUCCCAAUUGGUCGAGAGAAUAUCCUGGACAAGAAGAAAUACAUGCAUAUCUCGUUGGCGUUGCAGAGAAAUAUGGACUCUACAAGCACAUUCGAUUCAACUCCACGGUGGCGGAGGCCCGAUGGAAUGACGUCGAGUCUAAGUGGAAGACAAGCGUCGUGGUAUCAGGGCAGAAAGACAGCGAGUUCGCAAACUCCUACGUUUUGAAUUCCGAUUUUCUUGUCUCUGCUGUCGGGCAACUCAAUCUACCCCGAACACCCGAAAUCCCAGGUAUAGAGGAUUUUCAAGGGAAGAUGAUGCACUCUGCUCGAUGGGAUUGGAGUUACGAUAUGACAGGAAAGCGAAUCGCAAUCAUUGGCAACGGAGCAACCGCCGCUCAGAUUGCCCCUGAAGUUGCUCGAGUUGCUUCUCACCUUACUAUCUACCAGCGGACUCCAAACUGGAUCACUCCUCGCCUAGAUCAACCAGUAUCUGCCCUUCAAAGGGCCCUAUUCAAAUGGGUUCCACCGCUUCACUGGCGCAAGCGUGCGCUUCAAAUGGAAUUCCGUGAAGCCUUUUAUGCAGCUGUUGCAGAUAAAGAUUCGGCGCUUUCCCAUUUCAUUCGGACCUCAUGUACCGAUGCGAUGAGAUCCCAACUGCCUGAUCGGCCAGAGCUAUGGGAUACACUGACACCCACUUAUGCGCCGGGAUGCAAGAGAAUCAUCAUUACAGAUGAUUACUACCCCACUCUUGCCCGUGAAAACGUCCAGUUGGAGACACGCGGCAUCACAGGUAUCACGGAAUCUGGUAUCGAAGUCGACGAAGAAGAUGAACAAGAAUACGACCUUAUCGUUCUUGCUACUGGCUUUAGAACUGUGGAGUUUAUGCAUCCCAUCCGAAUUUACGGCUCAAAUGGUCGGUCCUUGGAGGAUAUCUGGAAAAAUGGAGCAAUGGCGUUUAACGGUGUUACCGUUGAGGACUUGCCCAACUUUGGCAUGUUCUAUGGUCCCAACACCAAUCUCGGACACAACUCCAUCAUCCUUAUGAUCGAAGCACAGUCGCGAUAUCUGAACACCCUAGUUGGGGAAGUGAUGCGAGCCCGGCAACAAGGAAAGACGCUGGCUCUUAAGCCAGAACUGGGUGCGUUGAAAAGCUACAACGAUAGGAUCCAGGAAAUUCUACGGAAUACGAGCUUCGCGGACCCAAAUUGCAACAGUUGGUAUAAGAGAGAUGACGGGGUUAUCACGAAUAAUUGGUGUGGAACUGUGGUUGACUAUCAACGUGAACUCUCAAAUGUGCAGUGGCAGGACUAUAUUGCCGAGGGAACUGAUACGCGCUUCCGUCACCAUGUGAUCGCACUGGUCAGUUUAUUGGGCACAGGGUUCUCCUUCGCCUCCAAGUUCAAUCCAAUUACCCGACUUACCAAGGGUGAAACCAUCUAUGCCGGUGCCGUUUGCACCAUCGAGUGGAAUGUGUCAACCCACGGCCACUCGGGCCCGAUCAAUAUUGAACUGAAAGGCAUCGAAAGCCCCCAUAUCACAGGAUAUGUGGCAACGAUCAGCACCGACACUAAGAGCAGCGACGGCAAAUCCCAGUGGAAUGCUAGCAGCACUCUUCCGAGCAGUGACGGUUACUACAUUAGGAUUAGCUCUGUCAACGAUAUUGCCAUCUACAAUUAA